AUACAUACAGUAUGAAUGAGGUGAUGUCAGCGUUUAAACAAACUGUGAAGUUAGUGACAAAGGGAAAAUAAAGAAUGGUUUUGCUGUAUGCUGGUGUACAAUUCCCAUCAGUUCCUGUGUUGACUCACAACGUUGGGUAGCUAAAAGAACUCAGCUGUGUAUGUGUCUUGGUGUAAUACAUAAACAACUGUGUUUUUUAUUGAAGACUAAAACUAACAAGGAGUCGGUACCUGUUGUGAUAGUUUUUUUUAUAACUUGGUUUCAUUCCUCUAUGAUUUACUCACUAAAGUCAGGUCACAUGGUGUUACCUCAGAGAAAGUUAUAAAAGAGCAGAACUUACAGGUGGCCACACAUUACUGUAGAUGUGCACUGAAGUGAGGUGUGCAGGGAAACUUUAAAAUAACAUAGAUCUUGAAAGAACAAACCAUUUGGGUUCAAGAACAGACACAAUGUCUUUUGCACAUGCGCUAUCAAGUUUGCUGAUACUAACAGUGGCCAUAGAGCUUGUGACUGUAACAUCUGGUAAUUCAACCAUGACUGAGACAACAAUGGAAGGUCCAACAACAACUGAGGGGUCAACAUCAACUGACUAUUUAACAACAACAACUGAGGGGUCGACGUCAACUGACUAUUUAAUAACUGAGUGGUCAACAUCAACUGACUAUGUAACAACAACAACUGAAGGGUCAACAACAGCUACUGCAGGAACCAUAGUGACUGCUACAGAAACAACAACUGCUGGAACAACAACAGCAACUGCUACAGGAGCAACAACUGCUGACACAACAACUACUACUGGAACCACAACAACAACUGCGACUGGAGCAACAACUGCUGGAACAACAACAGCAACUGCUACAGGAGCAAAAACUGCUGGAACAGCAACUACUACUGGAACCACAACAACAACUGCUACAGGAACAGCAACUGCUGGAACAACAACUGCAGCUGGAACCACAACAACAACUCCUGCAGGAACCAUAGCGACUGCUACAGGAGCAACAACUGCUGGAACAACCACAGCAACUGCUACAGGAGCAACAACUGCUGGAACAACCACAGCAACUGCUACAGGAGCAACAACUGCUGGAACAACCACAGCAACUGCUCCAGGAGCAACAACUGCUGGAACAACCACAGCAACUGCUACAGGAGCAACAACUGCUGGAACAACCACAGCAACUGCUACAGGAGCAACAACUGCAACUGGAACCACAACAACAACUCCUGCAGGAACCAUAGCGACUGCUACAGGAACAACAACUGCUGGAACAACAACAGCAACUUCUACAGGAGCAACAACUGCUGGAACAACAAGUACUACUGGAACCACAACAACAAGUGCUACAGGAACCAUAGCAACUGCUGCAGGAACAACAACUGCUGGAACAACAACAGCAACUGCUGGAACAACAACAGCAACUGCUACAGGAGCAACAACUGCAGGGACAGCAACUACUACUGGAACCACAACAACUGCUACAGGAACAGCAACUGCUACAGGAACAACAACAACUUCAGCAGGAACCACAACAACUCUGACAGAAACAACUGCUGGAAGAACAAUUGCUUCUGGAACCACAACAACUGCUGCAGGAACCACAUCCACUACUGCUGAGCCACUCACUUCCAAUGAUUUCACAUUUAAAACCAAUGAGAACUUCACCCCAGAUUUGAAGAAUUCAUCAUCUCCAGGAUUUAAAGCUCGAUCCAAAAAAGUGAACAGCACAUUUGACCCUUUGCUCAGAAGUAACUUUCCCUCAUUUCGUGAUUUGGAAGUAACUGAAUUCAGAAAUGGAUCCAUAGACAAUUAUGUGAAGGCAUUUUUCCUAACUUCAAACCCUCCCAGUAAUGCUGCGUUUAAAGCUUUUCUGAUUACUGCAGCUAAAAACAUCACAGAGUUUAACAUCACUGCAAUUUUCUUCAAUGGCACUCAAGUGUCAAGUGGAGUAAGCUACGAGACCAGUCUCAUCACUGCAUCCUUCAUGAUGCUGCUAUCAUGGCUGCUAUCAAACCAGCAAUAGUGCCAGUUCUACUCUCCAUAUAAAAUCCAAGAAUUACUGGCCUAUUCAAAUUUGGGAUGAUGACACACAAGGUUGAAUAGCAACUGCACAUUUAGCUGACACAGAUGUUCAUUACAAAGGUUGCUUGUUUCUCUGUGAUGUCCCAUGAAUCCCAUCCACUUAGAAAACAAAGGUAAUCACAAAUCAAACAAAAUCUAAAAUUAUAUUAUUGUGUAAUUAGGUGUAGGUAUGAAAACUGUAUGUACUGAUUGUUUUGCAUCAUUACCUACUGUAAUAAAAAACUAAAACUCUAACUCUAAACUAUAUAUUCUAUAAUAUAUUGAAUAUAAGAAGGAAAAUCUUAGACUCACGUAUGUAUUCCAGCUUGAUUUAAAUGGUUGUGUAUAUCACUGUUUAAUAAAAAUGCUUUUAUUAAAGGCAAUGAAGAAACAGUAUGUAUGACAGCACAAUCAAUAUCUGUCUCAUCCAAGGGACAUUUUUUUCUAAAAAAAGAAAUAUCUAUAAUAACUAAUUAUACAGUAUUAGACAGUAUAAAAAAUACAUAGACAAAAAAAUGUGACAGUUGGUCCCUCCAGGAGGUGGAGGGAGGUGGUCUGGUUUCUGUUUAGUUUUGUGUUGCUUGUGUUGUGAUGUCACUCCCUGUUUGGUCUUUAUCUUGUACUUAGUAUCAUUAGGUUCACUUGUGUUUCCUUAGUAUUUAGGUGUCACUUUUGUUUGGUCUUCGUUGGUUUGUUUGACUAAGAUGUCAUGCUGACGUGGUUCGUUUUUUUCAGGUUUUUUGGGUUAUUCGCUGUGUGUUAUUUGCUGUGUGUCAUGUUAUUAGGUUUGGAAUUUUAUGUAUAGGGUGACACAGAAAAUGGGAACGUUGAAUUCGAUUGACAAAAUUUCCCGUUUCUCUGUGUCAGGCUGUAUGUACCUUUUUUAUUGCACUUAAAAAGUAGUUUGUCCUGCAUAGCAGAUAAUUUUAUUUCUUCCUUUGAUGUUUGAUCUAGUGUCCUGCAAAUCAGUGAGCUUCUGUUAGUAUUUGGUCCUUUAGAUAUUUGUUAGUUAUUCAUUACUAGUUUCACAGGAGUCACAGGACCUGACAACUAGAAAGGCAUUGAUGUUCCAACAAAAUAAAUGUAAAACACAUUGCAUGGAAAGGCAGUCUAAUAAAAUAUUUCAAAAGUACAUUGUUCUGCUAGAAAAACAUACUGUAUUAUUCCUCCUUAAUUGAAAAAAACAAAAACAACCCCAGGUUUCUUUUCAGCACUGUAGCCAGGCUGACUAAGAGUCAUAGCUGUGCUGAGCCUACUAUCCCCUUACUGUAAAACUCAGCAGCGAUGACAGUAUGAACUACUUUACUAAUAAAAUUAUCACUAUUAAAAAAGACAUUCAUCAGCUUUUUCCUCCAAAUGACAGGAAUAACUGUCUAGAUCCAACAACUUUAAAUUUAUCAAGACCUCUGCUUUUCCCCCAUAAGUUAGUGGCUCCCCUCAGCAUUGUGCAUCGUUUUAAAAUUUAACAAUUCUCCUACUCACCUACAAAGCACCUUAUAAUAAAGCUCCUUUUCAUCUUAAAGACCUCAUAGUUCCUUAUGCUCCCAGCAGAACACUUCGUUCUCAGAGCGCUGGGCUACUUGUGGUUCCUAGAGUCUUUAAAUCUAAAACAGUAGGCAGAACUUUUAGCUACCAAGCUCCUCUCCUGUGGAAGCAGCUCCCUGUUCAGGUUUGAGAAGCUGACACACUCUCCACCUUUAAGAUCAGGCUUAAAACCUUCCUUUUUGAUAAAGCUUAUAGUUAGAGAUGGUUCAGGUCACUGACAAUGCUUGUUAGUCACAGGAACCAUCUCUUAGUUAAGCUACAAUAGACGUAGACAGCUGGGGGACUUAAUUAGUGGGAGAGCUGAACAGCUCUCACACUAUUGAUAUCUUCGGUCUUUAUUAGUGGGAGAGCUGAACAGCUCUCACACUAUUGAUAUCUUCGCUCUUUAUUUUUCUUCUUAUUUCGCCCCGUUUUUCGGUCGCUUUCAUCGUCUCAACGCUUCGUCGUAGAAUCGCCGUUCAACUUUCUAAACGUGUGUCGUCUUUAGGGGAUGGGGGCUAUUACU